AAAAAAGUCCUCUGGUCGGACGUCCUCUACUCCCCGAAGCGCGAGGCGUUCCUUCGCAAGUGGAUGCCCACGGACAUCACGUACGCGUCCUUCAUCGGCGCCAUGCACGCCGGCUGCCUCCUCGCGCCGUUCACGUUCACCUGGAGCGCGUUCAACUGCUUCCUCGUGAUGUACUUCAUCACCGGAUGCUUAGGCAUCACGCUGUCGUACCACCGCCAGCUGUCGCACAAGUCGUUCACGACGCCCAAGUGGCUGGAGUACGCGCUCGCGUACUGCGGCGCGAUGGCGGUCCAGGGCGACCCGCUCGAGUGGGCGUCGUCGCACCGCCACCACCACCAGCACUGCGACACGCCGAAGGACCCGCACACGCCGUACGAAGGGUUUUGGUGGUCGCACUGCGGGUGGCUGCUGGACAACGAGGCGACGUUGAAGCGCGUCGGCGAUCGCAGCAACGCGAAGGAGCUCGCGGAGCAGCCGUUUUAUCAGUUCAUGGAGAAGACGUACAUGUGGCACGUCCUCGCGUGGGCGCUCGCGUUUUACGCGAUCGGCGGGUUGCCGUGGCUGGUGUGGGGUUUCUGCGUGAGGACGUGUUGGGUGUAUCACAUCACGUGGGCGGUGAAUAGCGUCGCGCACGUGUGGGGUUCGCAGACGUUCAACACCGGGGAUCUGUCACGGAACAACUGGUGGAUCGGCGUGUUAGCGUUCGGGGAGGGGUGGCACAACAACCAUCACGCGUUUGAGUUCAGCGCGAGGCACGGGUUGGAGUGGUGGCAAAUCGACAUGACGUGGUGGUGCGUCUGCGUCUUGAAGUUUUUGGGACUCGCGGACAAGGUGAAGCUUCCGAGCGAGAAGCAGAUGGAUCGCAUC